AUGCAGUGGAAGGCUCUAGCCGCGGCGCUUCUCGCGCAUGCGACUGCCGUCCAGGCCAUGAUGCGUUUCGGCUGCUCGCAGCUCGUCAUCGAGCGCCUAGAUCCGCUGGUCAACCCCGGCUCUCUACCGUCGCCGCACGUCCACCAGAUCGUGGGCGGCAACUCGUUCAACACCAGCAUGGACCCGGCGAGCCACGAUCUUGUCAACGACUCGACAUGCACCAGCUGCACCUUCGCCGAGGACUUCUCCAAUUACUGGACGGCGGUGCUGUACUUCCGGGCCCGCAACGGCAGCUUCCGCCGCGUGCCCCAGUUUGCCAACGACGGCAUCCGCGCCGUCGGCGGCAUCACCGUCUACUACAUCCAGCCGUACGACGGCAAGACCAAGGUGACGGCCUUCAAGCCCGGGUUCCGCAUGCUCGUCGGCGACGCGGCCCUGCGCUCGGCCGAGGGCCAGCAGCGCCAGCUGUGCCACCGCUGCCUGUCGGCGAACGGCGGCGGCGGCGCGCCCUGCACGGGGUCGGACAGCAGCAGUCUCCCCAAGGGGAUGUGUGAAGGCGGCAUUCGCACCACCAUCACCUUCCCGACUUGCUGGGAUGGCAGCAACACGGAUAGCCCGGAUCACAAGAGCCACGUCGCGUAUCCCAGCAAGGGAAGUUUUGAGUCGUCUGGUGACUGUCCGUCGACUCAUCCGGUCAAGUUACCUCAGAUUAUGUACGAAGUCAUGUGGAAUACCCAACUAUUCAAUGACAAGGAUCUGUGGCCCGAGGAUGGCUCGCAGCCGUUUGUAUGGAGCACUGGCGACACGAGCGGAUACUCGCAACAUGGCGACUACGUCUUUGGCUGGAAGGGCGAUUCUCUCCAGCGUGCCCUGGAUGCUAACUGCGCUAAUGCCGUCUGCAAUGAACUCAAGACGCAGACCUCCGAGGAAGCUAUGAAAUGCGUCAAGCCGCAGACGGCCAAGGAGGACGUCGACGGAUGGUUGGAUCAGAUUCCAGGCCAACCAAUGCUUUCAUAA